AUGGCGGGUGGCCAGUUUUGUGAUUACUGCAAUGCUGCUGAUCCCAGCAAAGCUCACCCAAUAACCAAUGCCAUUGAUGGCACGGAGCUCUGGUGGCAAAGUCCCCCUCUUUCCAUGGGCUUGAAGUACAACGAAGUCAAUGUCACCUUAGACCUGGGGCAGGGCCAGUUUUGUGAUUACUGCAAUGCUGCUGAUCCCAGCAAAGCUCACCCAAUAACCAAUGCCAUUGAUGGCACGGAGCUCUGGUGGCAAAGUCCCCCUCUUUCCAUGGGCUUGAAGUACAACGAAGUCAAUGUCACCUUAGACCUGGGGCAGGGCCAGUUUUGUGAUUACUGCAAUGCUGCUGAUCCCAGCAAAGCUCACCCAAUAACCAAUGCCAUUGAUGGCACGGAGCUCUGGUGGCAAAGUCCCCCUCUUUCCAUGGGCUUGAAGUACAACGAAGUCAAUGUCACCUUAGACCUGGGGCAGCUCUUCCAUGUUGCCUAUAUCCUUAUCAAGUUUGCAAAUUCUCCUCGUCCAGAUCUCUGGGUCUUGGAAAGAUCGGUGGACUUUGGAAAAACUUACACUCCCUGGCAGUAUUUUGCUUACUCGAAAGCAGAUUGCUUGGAGCGCUUUGGCAAGGAAGCAAAUCUUCCUGUGAGAGGGGACAGCGAUGUCCUGUGCACCACCGAGUACUCCCGCAUUCUGCCUCUUGAAAAUGGAGAGAUUGUAGUAUCCUUGGUAAAUGGCCGCCCAGGAGCAAACAACUUCACUUAUUCCCCUGGUCUUCAAGAAUUCACAAAAGUAACAAACAUCCGCCUCCGUUUUCUCCGAACUAAUACUCUUCUGGGACACUUGAUAUCCAAGGCUCAGCGGGACCCCACCGUCACUCGUAGAUAUUACUACAGCAUAAAGGACAUCAGUAUUGGUGGUCGAUGUGUUUGCCAUGGCCAUGCUGAAGAAUGUAAUCCAAAGAGUGAUGAGAGCCAACACCGGUUUCAGUGUGAAUGUCAGCAUAACACGUGUGGGGAAACCUGUGAUCACUGCUGCCCUGGAUAUAAUCAGAAACAGUGGCAACCUGCAACAGCUGGGAGCACGAACAUGUGUGAACCCUGCAAUUGCCACGGACAUGCCACUGAUUGCUACUAUGAUGCUGAUGUUGAUCAGCGUCGAGAAAGCUUAAACAUCCGUGGGCAUUAUGAAGGUGGAGGAGUCUGCAUUAACUGCCAGCAUAACACAGCUGGGAUUAACUGUGAGAAGUGUGCAAAAGGUUUCUAUCGUCCUUACGGUGUUCCAGUGAGCGCUCCCGAUGGUUGCAUACCCUGCAGUUGUAACUUGGAGCACGCAGACGGCUGCGAGGAAGGGUCUGGCCGCUGCUUCUGUAAGCAGAAUUUCCAGGGAGAGCACUGUGAGCGCUGUGCCGAUGGAUUCUAUGGUUAUCCAUUGUGUGUCUAUACUCCUGUAUAUCCUUCUUCAGUUCCAGGAGAUGCUGUGGCUGGUGACAUAAUAGAAGGAGGCUGCAAACCAGGGUAUUUUGGCCCCCAGUGUGUCCGUAAGUGA